AAAAAAAAAAAAAAAAGAACAAAAAGACAAGCACAGGCACAAUGGCAUCCGAACUCUCCUUCGCCAAAGCCUUCCUCUCCGCUCUGGACAGCCGACCCAUCAAACUCCGCGCCGACUAUGUCCACGACGACCCCAGUGUUCGCAUACCGCACCUCCUCCCCCGUCUCCAAUCCCCCCGCCCCUCCAUGCCCAAGAAACCCACCACGACAACCACCUCCGUCCCGGGCUCCGCGAAAUCCAUCACCGUCACCCUCAAAUCCGCGCGCAACCCAGCCCUGGAAUUCUCGCUGCCGAAUCAGCCCCUCACCACGACGACGGUUACGGAUCUCAAGGACGCGGUGCGCGCGCGGAUCGUCGACGCCACGGACGCACAGCCCGCGCUGGACAAGGUCAAGAUUCUGUUCCGGAAGAAGCCCGUCACAGGAAAUAAAACGCUGGCGGAGAUGUUGAGCGAGGUGCCGGAGUUGUUGGUUGGGGGGAAGGAGGUGGAGGUUGGAGUGAUGGUUAUGGGUGGGGGGAGGGUGGUUUCGGUUUCUCCGGAAGAGGGGGGUGAGGAGGGAGGACACAGAGAGGAGGAUGCGGGAGCGGCUGCUGCUGCUGCUGCUGCUACUACUACAAUCAAGCCGGCUGUUGGGCCGAGUGGGGAGGAGGUGGUUAGGACAGAGGCGUUUUGGGCGGAUUUGCAGGGGUUCUUGGAGCAGAGGAUCAAGGAUGCGGAGGAAGCGAAGAGGUUGAAGGGGUUGUUCCGCGAGGCAUGGGAGGGGAGUAAGUAGUGUCCUUGCGGUGUUGGUCGAGAAGGGAGUGUAGUGUGGGGUUUGGGUGGUGAUACCUUGCUUAAUGAUCUUCCUGUGAUCUAAAUAUCAGGAUUCUCUUGUGUAUAUUGCGUGUCCAGAAGCACAAACUUCAGGUAAACCAAGGUCAUGUUCCGAUCGACUGUACUUUCUCAAUCCGACAGACUGCGACUACUGAUUUAUCCUGUCCGAUCAACGGCAUAUGAGGAAGAAAUGUACAGGUCAAUUGAAGGGCUUCUAAGGCAAGAGGAAUGUAAUCAAGGAAAUCAUUA